UUUUUUUUUUCUUGUGCUCUGAUAAUAGACAAUUCGGAUAUCGAUUCAAACCCCCACCAUUCUCAUUUUCUGAACGAAACACAGCAAACAGAGCUUACGAACAACUCACAAUCAUGCCGCCAAAGAGAGUCGGUGGAGGACGCUCCAACAAGGGAUUCCUUAGCUCUACCUAUGAGACCAUCACCUCUCCCGAGAACGCAUCCGUCGUGCGGAGCGUAGCAAUAUUUGGUGCUGCGGUAGCUUUUCUAGCUAGUCCUUGGAGCGAGUACCUUCUCCCACCGUAAGAUAUCUACGCAUCCAACAGAGGCACUCUUAUAGAGCAUUAACCUUUCGAUCAGGGUAUGAGAUCCACGUUCGACAG